AUGGACUGGCGGGAGAAGGAGGUGCUGGUGGUCGACGAGGUCAGCAUGCUCGGGGCGCGCACGCUAUACGCCGCCAACGAGCAGCUCUGCCGGCUGCGGGGGUCGGCGCGGGACUUCGGCGGCAUCCCGGUGGUGAUCUUCUGCGGCGACUUCCACCAGUUCCGGCCGGUGCAGGAGCGGUCGAUCCUGCUGCCGAGCGCGGCGGUGUCGUGGGACGAGGACAGGGCCUUCACGGCCGAGCAGCGGCGGCAGCACGACAAGGCGCACGCGCUCUGGCGGCGGUUCACGACGGUCACCAUGCUCGACGAGCAGAUGCGGGCCGCCGGCGACCCCGAGCUGCGGCGCCUGCUCGGGCGGAUCCGGCAGGGCGAGCAGGACCGGUCGGACCUCGAGCUGCUCAACUCGAGGUGCCACCGGCCCGGCAGGCGGAUCCCGUGGGAGACAGGCGUGACGGUGGUCACGCCGCUCAACCGGAACCGCUGGAACCUCAACCUCGAGGCGGCGCUCGCGUUCCGGGCGCGGCAGCGGACGGCGGCGCGCGUCUUCCUCUCCGAGCACAAGUGGAAGGACGGCACGCCGACGGAGGAGGAGGCGGUGCUGAUGCUCGGCCAGGGCGACGACAGCGCGACGCCGGUGCCGGCCGUCUUCGUCUUCGUGCCGGGCAUGCCGCUGACGGUGCACUUCGGGCCGCCGGCGGGCAUCGUGCUGGCGUCGGAGACGACCAGGGACCUCCACUUCGUCGGGAUGCCGUCCGGGACGAUCCUGCUGACGCCCAUCACCGUCAAGAUCACGGCGCAGCGGAAGCGGCCCUGGCAGCGCAACGACGUCGGCCGGCGCGGCCUGCCGUGCGCCGCGGCCUUCGCCUGCACCGACUACAAGGUGCAGGGCGGGACGAUCGAGCGCGUCGCGCUCGAGCUGCGGGGCGAGGACGACGACGGUCGAGGGCAGGGCGGUGGCGUCGCCGUGCGACCCGUACAGCCUCUACGUGCAGCUCUCGCGGUGCCCGACGCUCGACGGCAUCAUGCUCGUAUCGGAGGUGCGGGAGCGGGACCUUAUAGGAACCGGGUGCCCGGGGAAAUGACAGCGGCGCAGGCCCGGCUAGAGGAGCUAAGCAAGCAGACAACACAGGAAGCAGGUAGCCUACUCCGCAGCUAA